AUUUGGAAGGAAAGCGGGAAGAGAAUUAAGCAGCUCCUGGUCAAACAACACAUUUCAAUUUUCCACUAGAAACCAGCUUCCUCUGCAAGCUCUCUUCACUAUUCGCUUCUCCCUGCAAUGGCUCGAAACAAGGAAUCGUUGCUUUUGCUGCUUGAUGUUGGUCCUUCAAUGCACAGUGUUCUUCCUGAGAUUGAGAAAGCCUGUUCCAUGCUUAUUGUAAAAAAAUUGAUACAUAGCAAAUAUGAUGAAGCUGGAAUUGUCUUAUUUGGAACAAAAGAAACUGACAAUGAAUUGACAGCGGAAGUUGGUGGGUAUGAACAUGUCAUGGUUUUAAAAAAUAUCAAGGUUGUUGAUGGAGAUAUUGUUGACGCAUUACAGCAACUGCCUAGGGGACCUGCUAGUGGUGAUUUUCUUGAUGCUAUAAUUGUUGGGAUGGAUAUGCUUAUAAAGAAAUUUGGAGACACUAACAAGGGAAAGAAACGUCUUUGUCUUAUUACUAAUGCACAUUGUCCGAUAAAAGAUCCAUUUGAAGGAAAAAAGGAAGAUCAGGUUUCCACAAUUGCUAAACAGAUGACAACUUAUGGCAUGAGAAUGGAAAGUAUUAUUGUGAGAGGAAAGCAUAGUCAUGCUGUAAAUAAGAGAAUAAUGGAUGAGAAUGAUAGUUUGUUAAGUAUUUUUUCAAAGGAAACAGAUGCCAGGAUGCUGUAUGUGGAGGAUUCAAUCUCACUGUUUGGUGCUCUUAGAGCUCGAAAUAUAUCUCUCGUUACAAUUUUCAGAGGCGAUCUUGAAGUUAGCCCUAAAUUGAGGAUUAAGGUAUGGGUGUACAAGAAAACAGCUGAAGAGAAGUUUCCAGCCCUGAAGAAAUAUUCUGACAAGGCACCUACAACGGAUAUAACUGCUACACAUGAAGUCAAGGUAGAUUUCGAAUACAAAAAUAUUGAAGAUUCUAAAAAUGUUGUUCCACCAGAUCAAAGAAUCAAAGGUUAUAGUUACGGGCCUCAAAUAGUUCCUAUAUCCUCUGCUGAAUGGGAAGCUGUUAAGUUUAAACCAGAAAAGGGUGUUAAGCUUCUAGGAUUUACUGAUUAUUCAAACAUAUUCAGACAUCAUUACAUGAAAGAUGUUUUCAUUUUCAUAGCUGAACCAGAAAAUAUAAAGGCUACUCUCGCAGUUUCAGCACUAGCAAGGGCCAUGAAGGAAAUGAAUAAGGUAGCAAUAUUACGCUGUGUUUGGAGACAAGGACAGGGGAAUCUCUCCAUUGGGGUCUUGACGCCCAAUAUAUCUGACAGAGAAGAUAUUAUGGAUUCCUUUUACUUAAAUGUGCUUCCUUUUGCUGAGGAUGUGCGAGAGUUUCAAUUCCCAUCUUUCAGUAAUUUACCAGCAUAUUUGCAGCCAAAUCAACAGCAGCUAGAGGCAACUGAUAACUUAGUAAAGAUGCUUGACCUUGCUCCGGAUGGGAAAGAGGAAGUUUUGCGUCCUGAAUUUACGCCAAAUCCAAUCCUGGAGCGCUUGUAUCAUCACUUUGAUCUGAAAUCAAGGCAUCCAGAUGCUGCUGUACCCCCUCUUGAUGACAAUCUCAAGAAAAUAACAGUACCUGAUGCAGACCUGUUACUGGAAAACAAAUCUCUGAUAGAUUCAUUUCGUACGUCUUUUGAGCUCAAGGAAAAUCCCAAGCGAAAAAAAUCAAGAAAAUUACUUCAGGAAAAAGGAUCUCAUUAUAGUGAAGAUGAUAAAACAGAGAUUACUGCUCAUCCUGUCAAUGCCAUUGAACCUGCUUCUAAUGUUAAAGUUGAGAAAAUUGGAGAUAUUACUCCAGUCAAAGAUUUUGAAGCCAUGUUAUCUCGUAGAGAUGGUCCAGAUUGGGUCGAUAAAGCAAUUAAGGGUAUGAGUAAUAAAAUAUUUGAUCUGGUAGAGGAUUCCCAUGAAGGUGAUAACUAUGCUAAAGCACUGGAAUAUUUAAUAAGUCUUCGCAAGGGCUGCGUCCUUGUGCAGGAACCUGAACUGUUCAACAAAUUUCUCCGGCAUCUUUGCAAUUUCUGUCGGGAGAAAGAUCUCAGGAGUUUCUGUGACUAUCUGGCUUCUGCAGGACUCACCUUGAUCUCCAAAGCAGAAGCUGUAGACAGUACUGUACAGCGAAGUUACUGAUGAUGAGGCUAGAAGCUUCUUGGUUAAGUCUGAACGAGAAGUCUUUUGAGGUUAAGCAUUCCACUUUAUGUGCCGGAAUAUCUGAUCCUUGUCAAUACUUGAGCACGUUUUGUUGGGAAAUAGAAUGUGAUAAGCUAUGGAGAACUAAGUUAAUCAAUUAGGAGGUGUGUAUAAUCCCUCUCACAAUGUCUUAGCGGAAAAAAUAAUUUUAUCCUAGUGUUGUAUAAAUGUUGAACAUUGGUACAAUGAACCUAAACACUAUAAUGAGUUUAGACUGCAUUUUGUACCAUAUUCCAAUUGGAUGUUUUGUUGAUAUAAUAAUGUAAAUGGAUGCCCUGGAUGUACAAGUCAUUGUUUUCAUGCUUGCA